AUGCUAUUCCAGGGGAAUGUCAGUUACUGUUCUUCUGGCGUGUACUCCUGGAGUUGCUUACACCACAGCUUAUACAGACCAGGUGGGAUGGUGGAUUGCAGGUUGGGGAAAGGUGUGUUCUCAAACAUUGAUUAUGCAUUUGCAGGGGCUAUUGCAGGGGCCAAGGCCUUGCCAGUCAUAUAUUUGUCAUAUGACUUGGCAUGCAUGUGGUCUCUCAAGUGGAAAGAAAGGAUGAAAUCAUGUUUUCCUCACCUGGUGCAGCUUUGGGAUCAUAUCACGUUUGUCAUGCCCAAAAUGCACAAAUACACUCAUCACAAGCAGUGUUGUUAUCGCUUUUCUCUCUCAUUCAAACAGGGAGCUGCUGGGGUGGACGGUGAGGGAGUUGGGAGAACUUGGGCAGAGCAUAACCAACUUGGGGGUAGCACCAAGGAAAUGAAUCCUGGGCAUUGUUUGGACUGCUUGGAAGCGCACUUUGUCAACUGGAAUUGGAAGAAACAGCAAGAUAUGAGUGAGUGA